UACAGUCUGCAAAAAGCUGCACGUCUAGAACUCCAAGUCGUCUCCCUCUGACGCGCAAGAUGCUUCCUCUGCUGUCAUCUUAAAGUUACACUGUGUCCCGGCACCGCGCGGCUCGGCUCGGCUCUCCCACCCGCUGGAGAACACAGCGCGUUGCGAUGGGACGGGCUUGGCGCAAAGCAGCGUUGAUGCGCUGUUGUGUCCGGAUGCUAUAAAGAUGCGCACAGUGCCUGCGCGCCCGGUGCUACACGCUGUCAGUGCAUCCGAGCAGCAGCGGUCGGUGCUCGAUUGGUUUCGUCUGGAGAAACCAUGGCAGACCGAGAGGAUAGUGUUGCAAUUCCUGACUUCAGCUGCCUGCUCCAAAUGGAUCCCUGUCUCAAACCGUACGAGAAGGACUUCAAGCGGAGGUAUGAGCUGCUACAGAAGCAGCUUUUCCAGCUGGAAGAGACGGAAGGAGGCUUUGACCGGUUCACACGCAGCUACAAUACCUUCGGUGUGCAGCGACAGCCUGACGACAGCCUGUUUUUUAAGGAGUGGGCUCCUGCUGCAGAGGCCCUCUUUCUCACCGGGGACUUCAAUGACUGGAACAAAUUCACCCACCCCUACACCAAGAAGGAGUUUGGCAAGUGGGAACUGAUUCUACCACCCAAGCAUGACAGGACUCCAGCUGUGGCCCAUAACACCAAACUCAAGGUGGUUGUUCACACCAAGAAGGGUGAGCGGCUGUACCGAAUCUCUCCCUGGGCAAAAUAUGUGACCAGGGAGGAGAAGGCUGUCGUCUACGACUGGGUUCACUGGGAUCCGCCUCAGCCCUAUACUCCAAUCCACCCUCGGCCAAAGAAGCCCACGAGCCUGAGAAUAUACGAGGCCCACGUAGGCAUCGCUUCACCGGAGGGAAAAGUUGCCUCAUACGCCAACUUCACGACCAACGUGCUGCCUCGUAUAAAAGAGCUGGGUUACAACUGUAUUCAGCUGAUGGCAAUCAUGGAGCAUGCCUACUAUGCAAGCUUUGGAUAUCAGGUUACGAGUUACUUUGCUGCUUCCAGUCGGUUCGGUACCCCGGAGGAGCUGAAGCAGCUGAUAGACACGGCUCAUUCAAUGGGCAUCGUGGUGCUGCUGGAUGUCGUUCACAGCCACGCCUCCAAGAACACCGAGGACGGCCUGAACUGCUUUGAUGGCUCCGACUCGUGUUUCUUCCACUCUCCACCCAGAGGGGAGCACAGUCUGUGGGGCAGCCGCCUCUUCAACUACGGCAGCUGGGAGGUGCUGCGGUUCCUACUGUCAAACCUGCGCUGGUGGAUGGAGGAGUACUGCUUUGACGGCUUCAGAUUCGAUGGAAUCACCUCCAUGCUGUACCAUCACCAUGGCAUCGGCGGUGGCUUCUCAGGGGACUACAGCGAGUACUUUGGCUUACAGGUGGACGAGGACUCUUUGGUCUACCUAAUGCUUGCCAAUCACAUUCUCCAUACCCUUUAUCCGGACUGCAUCACGGUUGCAGAGGAUGUGUCAGGGAUGCCUGCUCUCUGCAUAGGAGUGGAGGAGGGAGGUCUUGGGUUUGAUUACCGACUGGCUAUGGCCAUCCCGGACAAGUGGAUUCAGAUCCUGAAGGAGUUAAGGGAUGAGGACUGGGACAUUGGCGAUAUCAUCCACACACUGACCAACAGGCGCUAUGGAGAGAAAUGCAUAGCCUAUGCAGAAAGUCAUGACCAGGCUCUGGUUGGGGAUAAAAGUCUGGCCUUCUGGUUGAUGGACAAGGAGAUGUACACCAACAUGAGCUCCGAGAUUCCCAUGACGGCCGUCAUCGACCGCGGCAUGCAACUGCAUAAGAUGAUCCGCCUCCUCACUCAUAGUCUGGGUGGAGAAGGCUACCUCAACUUCAUCGGGAAUGAGUUUGGCCAUCCUGAGUGGCUGGAUUUCCCUAGAGAGGGGAACAAUCAAAGUUACCACUAUGCCCGGCGGCAGUUUAACCUAUUGGAUACGGAUCACCUGCGCUACUAUCAGCUCUACGCCUUUGACCGGGACAUGAACCGUACCGAAGACAAGUACGGCUGGCUGGCGGCCCCACCUGCCUUUGUCAGCGCCAAGCAUGGAGAGGACAAGGUCAUUGUGUUUGACAGGGGACACGUGGUCUUUAUCUUCAACUUCCACCCAAGUAGAAGCUUCCAGGACUACAGGGUGGCUGUAGAAGUUCCAGGAAGAUACAAAAUCAAGCUGGAUUCGGAUGAGGAUCAGUAUGGAGGUCACGGACGGCUGGACCACAACACGGAGUUCUACACAGAGCCGCAGCCCUUCAACGGUCGCCCCAACUCCAUGCAGGUCUACAUCCCCUGCAGAACAGCUUUUGUCCUGGCCAACGAGGAGAUGGAUCACUGUUAUUAGAGGAUGAUUGUCUCCACAGAGACCAGGGUCGAGAAUGGAUUCCAACCUCAAACUGAGUGUAAACAAUCACCUUCAUCUUAAAGUCUCCACCUUGCACACCACCCAAACCCACUUUUUGUGUUUGAGUCUUUUUCUAAAUGGGGAGAGAAAGCACUGAGCUUUUGUGGUUUCAAACGCCAUCCGCAACCAGAGAUGCUGUGUAAUCCCAUUCACUACAGAUUGGUCCAUUUGGGAAGCGUCCAACCUAACCAGCAGCUAGAUGCUAAAAGUUAAAACCCUGCCGAGUCCUUCCAACAUGAGCUAGAAGCCAUUUAUAGGCUCUGUUGAAUGUGGCAUGCCAUCUGAAACACAUGAGCGGCAACAUAGGGAAGCAAUUAAUCAAGCAUGAUGAAAGCUCAGAGAAAUCAAGAAUAUUUCACAAUGUCAUCCAUGUUGAUGAACGGUCUACUUAAUUAUAUUGAAUUCAAAACACGGAUAACAUUAUGGUGUCACAGACGCAUGAGAUUAACUGUAUUAUCAUUUACAUUGAAAUUCAAAAUGUCCAGGUAUUUCAUUACUGGCGAUACAUCUUUCCUAAUUUGCAUUUUGGGACCUUAUACGUAUAACAAUAUUGCAAUUUGCACAAAGUAAUAAGCUGCUUUGAAUUACUAUACUUUUAAUGGGUAUCUAAAACAGUUGUGUUGGAAUGUUUUCAUUAAUGCUGCCAUUUGGGAGCAUUUAUUUGGUUAUUUAUGGCCCUGUUAUUGAGCCAAUAAUUUGCAGCUAAAGCAAAGUGAUGAAAUCAUCUCAUUUGGAUUGUUAACGGUGUGUUGCAUAAUGCACAAGUAACGUUUUUUGCUGAAUGAGACUGUUUUUUCUCUCCACUUAACACAAAGUAAAGCAUGGUGUUCUCCCACAGUAGGUCCCAUUAAGGUAGUUUAUAUUGUGUAUUUCAUAACAUUUUUCGAAGCCUACUAAAACGUGUUGGUACUGAUGAUGAGCACAUCAUUUUGUGAGGGUUCUACUGGUGUGACUAACACACCCGACAACUAUAAGAUACCUUGAUUCACGUGCACGAUGUUCAUUAGAUGCUGCAGAACUCCUUUGGGAUCAUUGCAGACACCUAGACGGAGCCUACAUUCAUGCAGAUUGACAUGUGCCUCUCCCAAUUAGCUCAGGCGUUUGUGGCUUUUGUCUCAACCCACUCUGAUUGAACAUCUCAAAGAACAGCUGCAACGCUCAUCUGUGUGGAGAUUAUCCAUGAACUAAAACUGAUGAUGGGUGACUGGUUUUGUGAGUGCUAUAUUCAUUAAAAUGGUCUAUCAUACCAGAGGAUUCAUCUUUUGUAAUUAUGUUUUGCAAAAGACUGAUAAUUGAUCUGUCUCCAGCCUUUUGUGUUCCUACUUUUUUCAAAAAAAUCCCCUGUUGCUCUAUGAGUGAAUGUCUAUUGAACAACUUUCAGCAUUCCCUGCACGUUUUAUCAAAGCAAUACUGUUGGAAGUGAAACCAGAGCUUCCCAGAUAAAAGCUAACGCUUUGAUUCAGUGCCAUAGACACUGUAAUGCUGUGUGAUCCACACCUACUGCUUUAGCACAGAUUCAGAGACAUUUAAGAUGUGUAUUGUAGCAUAUGGCAGGUUUUUAUCUGCCUCCCCUGCAGCCAAAUGGAAACAAAUUCAUAUCCAGGACCAUCCUCCUGUGUUUAUUCAAAAGUAUCAUAAACAUGUCAUUUCUUUUUGUGUUUCAUUCAAACAAGCUGUUUUCUACCCCUCGAAAAGUGGACGAGUGGAUCGUAAAUUCCGAGCAACGAGGAUUCGGUUGAUGUGGAGAUUUUAAUCAUCCGUCAGCUGACCCAAUGUCAUUGUCGUUUUACCACUCAACAGGAAUUGUCUGCAUUUGGUCUCAUAAGUAAAAUUGAUGUCUGAUACACCGUGACGAUUGCUGCAUAUUUCUUUCAUUAUUACUAAUGAUAAUAAAUCAGUGCCUGUCGGGCCACAAGAAAAACCGUGGAUGAACUAGA